AGUUUUUUAAACAAUAUCGACGUCAAAAUGAGCUCAGAAGGAUUCGUGCGAGCUCAAUCUAACAACUUGUCAAAAAUAAACGUUUUGAUGGUGGCACAAUAUUUUGGAAAUUGUGAGUCGUUUACUGCAGCAGAAACCCGUGGGGUUAAAGCUCACAGAUCCCAACGUGACAAUUACGGUGAUGCAGCUGUUGGGUAUGUUGAACUCAAAAGACAAGGCGAUAACUGUUUAGUGCGAGGGCGGAUUUGUCCAGAACAUCGAGUACGGAAUACACCGUAUCAUGUGGAGCUCAAAGUGAAUGAGAAAAAAGAAGAAGUAGUUGAAGUCUCUUGUAAAGAUUGCGCAGCGUCUGCCGAUAUGAAUACUUUUUUACGUUUGAAUUUACACGAAUGAACAAAAUAUUAAUUUUUUUUGUUUAAAUUAUUAUUACAGGAGGUUGUAAGCAUGCGAUCGCAUUUUUGAUGUGGCUUCAUCGA